CGUCUAUUUGGGCUCCACUGGGAAACUACCGCCUCUCAAGACGGCCAAAGAGUCAGGGGCUGAAUAAGGAAAUGAAGCGUAAUUUGAGGAAGAUGGAUGAGCCCCCAGGGAAACACCCCCUUUUCAUUCCCCUUGUAUUGCAGAUGAUAACCAAUGCGCUCGCUCUCUCUCUCUCUCGCUCUCUCUCUCUCUCGCUCCGCGCGCACACACUCGCCUCCACGCACCGAGCGUCGGCGUGGGGCGGAGGGAGGAGUUGGGCAGCGGCCGAGGGGUAGAUAGCGAGGGAGCGUGUGUUUACGUCUCAGUGUGUGACAAACAAGAGGCAAAAGGUAACGGCGGGUCACACGGCAAAGCGCUCGAGCGACUGCAGCGAUCCGGAGACGCGGUGCGCACCCGGGGAUGACAGCGGCGCGGCGGAGGAUCUACUUUCGAGCCACUCCGUCUUUUGACUGAAAGUUUUUAGUGCGCGUCGCCGAGGGGAGAAAAAAAAGGGGACGUCUGCUCUGAAGUUUCCCCCGAAUCGAAGCGCACGCCCGCAAGAUGCAACGACCAGGCGGCCAAGGGACGGCGUUUUCAAUCGAUUCCCUGAUAGGGACCCCUCAGCCGCGACCCGGACACCUGCUCUACACGGGCUACCCCAUGUUCAUGCCCUACAGACCUCUGGUGAUUCCACAAGCUUUGUCCCACUCGCCUCUAUCGUCCGGGAUACCGCCACUUGCGCCUUUGGCGUCCUUUGCGGGACGGCUCACCAACACGUUCUGCGCCAGUUUGGGCCAAGGGGUGCCCUCCAUGGUGGCGCUAACCACGACCAUGCCGAGUUUCUCGGACCCACCGGACAGUUUCUACCCACCGCAGGAACUGCCGGGUCCACGUCUAAGCUCCGCGGACCCCGGAGCCAGGAGGCAGGAGAGUCCGCACUCCGAGGAGCUGCACGGCCGGGACAAGGGCUCAGAGCUGCUCAACUUCUCGGAAACUUUUCAGACGAUAUCAGGUGAAACCAAACUGUACAGUUCAGACGACGAAAAGUUGGACCUAAAAUCAGCGGACGCCGUUUGCAGCGACCGGGACGACAGCUCCGCAGACAGCGAAAACGAAAGCUUCUCGGACGGAAACAACUGUGGCUCCCUGUCCCAGAAGAGCAAACUAAAGACCGGCUCGCAGGAGGCGCUGCCGACCGGCAGCUCGGCGGGGAAGAGCCGCAGGAGACGAACAGCUUUUACCAGCGAGCAGCUGCUCGAACUCGAAAAGGAGUUUCACUGCAAAAAGUACCUUUCUCUGACCGAGCGCUCCCAGAUCGCGCACGCGCUCAAACUGAGCGAGGUGCAGGUGAAGAUCUGGUUCCAGAACCGCCGGGCCAAAUGGAAACGGAUCAAAGCCGGCAACGUCAACAACCGGUCGGGGGAACCGGUGCGAAAUCCCAAAAUCGUGGUGCCCAUCCCCGUGCACGUCAACAGGUUUGCGGUGAGGAGUCAGCACCAGCAAAUAGAGCAAGGCACCAGGCCCUGAACUCAGACGAAAGCCGCGAAUAUUAUCAAUGCCAACAAUAAUAAGACACUUAAAGUGACUCGAUGUUCCAGUGAUUGGUUGAACGCAUGAAGCACAAAAAGGAGGAUUCCGUUAUUUUGCCUGAGACUGAGCAGGGGAGAGGAUUUGCUCGCGGACUAUUUGGCAAUAUGCUGUCAUUUUUAUUUAUUGUUCUGUAAAUAUGUAAAUAUAAAUGAGUAAAAAAUGGUACAAAUGGGCACUAUGAGAUGCGACUGUAAAGAUUUUUUUAAGUAUUUAUAUGUAGGGCCAAAAUCUUCUGUUGGUUAUGUGCAUGUCUUCAUUUGGUGGAGCUAAUCUGGAUUUUCGUUGUGUUUCGUACAAUUUGUUGACCACUUUUGCAUGUAACUUGAGGCGUUUCACGUUUUGUUUGGCAACUGUAGGAAGCAGCUUUGACAGCUUUUUGUGAAAGAAUUGAAAUAUGUGAAGGAAAUAAUGACCAACCAAGGGACAACUGUAAAGUAUAUUGACCUAAUAAAUCGCUUUAUACGUAA